CGCUUAAGAUCGCAUUUGGGUCAGUUAAUGGUAACUGGCUACCAAAGCAGCGUACAUACAUCGAGAGAAGUUGAAGCUGUGGGCGCCACGGCCGCGAUUAUGUACUUAUAGCUGAUCCGUCAGCCUUACACGACAACCUCCCACAAAAAUAUACACAAAGGGAUUAAUAUUUGAGGCAACGAUAGAUGCGGUGGGCGGGUUUUAAUUCGGAUCAGGGUUUGACGUGACUUGUGGUAGCCCUGUGACCCGAAUUCACCUAAACGGAUCGACUCUAUAUAUGGUAAAAGGAAAUGAAUUACGCACCCGCGUCAGAAUAAUUUCGAUAGAGAAAAUUCGUAAGUAUACCGUAGUACAAACGCAGAGGAGGAUUACGGCCAGCGAGAGUGUGGGACCCGAUCGGUUCAUCAUACCGGUCACUCGUCGUCUUAUCUUCGCUGCUCUUUUUCUCAUUUUAUACAUCCAUAUUCGCAAUACCGGUUGGUCGCUGCAGCGAUAUCGUACCGUCUCAGAGUCAGAAUCGGAAUAUUGACUUUGUGCUCUACUUUCUCCGAAGAUACCGAGAAAUCCAAAGAAGGAUGGAAUCGGAUCUUCUUGUAAAAAUUAAAAAAAAAAAAAACAUAAGACUCCGUCUACGGAAAAGAGAGUCUUCUAUAAUAGUUUCAAAAAACUGAAUAAACCAGCGGUUAUAAUGAACUAGAUUUCGGUGAUUUUGACCUAGUAGAUCUCGCUCCUUUUUUUAACAUUUCUAGCAACACGAUUCAGAGGUUUUUAAAUUAAAGAAUUAAUCUGGGCGUGUUCUUGUUAUAGGGCGGGAAGCAGAUAACGAAGCAAAACGGAAAAAUGACUCGAUUCGCCAAACGAACUUGAAUCGCGUUUAAUAUUCGUCCAUUUAUAUCUUGAAGGUAUACGUGAGACGAGGAAGCGCAGCGACGUAAGGCCCACGCCAUUGAUGCCUACGUAUAAUUACAAUAUCUCCAUAUCCACGUUUGCAACACACCUAAAGAGAAUUACUCGUGCCUAAUAUUUAUUUUAACUUCGUAUUCCCUACCUCUAUAUGACGUCAUAUACCAUUCGGCACACGCACCAACUCCACGAUUCAUCACUGUCAUUGAUAUACAUAUUAGUUUUUGUAUUACAUGAAUGGCGAGCGAUUAGGAUUCUCCGUAUUUCUGAUAUCCCGAAUGGAUAGAAAUUUAUCUCAGUCAUCUAAUUUGCCCGCGUGUCUUCGGGCAAAAGUCGGUAUCAUCUUUGCUUCAUCAUAUAUUCACCGUAUGUAUUUCACCCGUAGCUAUUUAUAGAACACAACGCUUUUACUCUUCGUGUAAAAAGAUACCUGCAAAAGAUGCGUGAUGUGAACAACUAAAUUGUCUCAUACCACCUGUGUUGGGGGAUAUGAAAAUAAAGUUUCACGUAUACGUCAGUCAAAAUUUGGGCUCGUCACCCUCAAUUGAAGCGGACUUUUUUCCUACCCUAAUGACUGCGUAUUUUCGCGAGCUUUCCCGCUUACAAUUAGUUCAUUUAUUUUUUCAAUUUCUUUUUUUUUCGGUUGCGAGUCUGCACCUCCCAAAUCCCUCAAAAUCUCAUAGAUUUGAAACCCGAUAAGGGAUUACGACAGGAUCCGUCCACGUACAGCGAUACUCCGUUAUUGCAGAGUUCGAUGAAAUUUAAGGUUUGAAUUUUGAUCGAUAGCUGGAUGCGAGACUCGGAUGAAUAGAAUUGAAAAAAAAUUGUAGACGUUGGGGGCUGCUGUGCGGAUCGAAUCGACGGGGAUGGGAAGAAGCCUACCAUCGAGGAGCAGCGGAGUUCGUUUUAUGAGGAACGCUCGAGUGGUUUCAUCGGUACGGGUAUAGCUAUACACGGGAAUUACUCUCGACGAUAUGAAUAAAUUUAACCGCAAUUUAUGCAUCCCUCUAAGUUUAGGGUAUCAAUUUAUCCCCUCUAGCGUCUCGUUAAAGUUUAUUCUAAAAAUGAGUGCACUGACAACGCGAGCAUCGCUCUUCAAAUCCGCUUAUACAUAAUAUAAAGGACUCACCUAUAAAUGAAAGAAAUUAAUCGGUGUACAUUGUGGAAUUCAAACAUAUUUUUGAAGAUCAACUACGCCUGUAAUAAUCUAAUUCCCAAGGCCAUUUUAUCCGUACUGUUUUCAUCUAUACAAUUCCAAUUCCUACAAAAAUUAGACUUAUUUUUCAAUUUUCUAAUUAUUUUUUAAUACUCGAUUGUAGUUCUAUAAAUAUGAUAAAAAAAAAACCGAAGAAUAAAAUCAUUACACGCGACGGGAGACAUCCGUGGCCCAGUUCAGCAUCGUUCAAUCUCCUCUCGCUCACCUGUCCACGUCGGUACUGAUUGGAAGUUGUUCCACUUUUCUUUCAAAACUCUCCACGUAUGCAAGUUUUAUUUUUUAUUGUCGUCGGGUAAACCAGAUACGUUGAAUUUGGAAUAAUCAUGCUGCACGUGAUUUUUCGAGUCCCAUUCCACUGUGUAUUUCAUCGACCUGUGCUUCCUAUUGACUGUUAUCUUGAAUCACAUCGCAGUCGGAAGAAAUCAUUCAUUGAUUUGUGGUGAAAAUAUUUGCAGACCGUGUGAACAUAAUAUUAUGAAAACAUUUGAAUUUUCCUUGUUAAAAUCAAGGAUAGCGUUUGAGGGAUGAAAAAUAAAGAUUGGGGGAUGUGAAGGAGCGUCGGGCGUACCGAGAGGCACGUGUGCCUGGGUAGAAUUGGAGUUGGGGGUCGGCCACAUUGAUUUUGUCAAGUGUAGCGCAUUGCGGAUGUCUCCCGUCGGUCUGGCUUCUUCUCCGAGACAAAAUAUAGAUUGCAUUAUUAUAUUAAGCCCCAUUGUCUCAAAGUUUUCUUCGACAUUCCACUUUUCAUACAGGUAUAAUCUAUAUACGCCUCAUUGUACCUCGAUAGAAAUAGUCCCCCGAUAUCGUUACAUGUAACGUUAUCGUCUCGAUGUAUUAUGGAAAAUACGCCAGUUUUAAUUACUGGCGAUAUUAGAACCACGUCAUCGCAAGGUACUAGAAAAUAUAAUAGACAGCGCGCUAAAUAAUGAUCAACAAUUGUUACCUAUGCAUCGCGUAAAUCGUAACACGCGGACAAAAGUAUUCUGAACGUUAAACUGCAGGCGCCUGUGGUCGAAAUGUUCACACGGAUUAUCCCAUUUUUUAUACUUGCGUGGGUAACGAUCAAUGGCGUCAGGGCGUUCGAGGACCUUGAAUGGAAGGCUCUCGGAGAUCCUCAUGCAAUGUGGACCAUCUUGACUAUGGAAAACCCAUAUUUAAACAUCCGAAAAGUAUUCAACGAAGACGAGGGUGCAGAUAAUAUUAUUUUGAAAUCUAUGUUUCUAGAUAUCUUGCAGGAGAUAACUCCAGAUCUAGGCUUGAAGUUAUGCGACCGGUGGAAUUACUUCAACUCGGUUGACGACGAAUGGCAUAGCAAUUCUAAUUAUUUAUGUUCUGCUCUGGAUGAACUAUUUGACAUAGACACCGACGAGCCGCGUCCUGAUGUCAUCCUUGGAUUGAGGGGUCGACGAUGUCCCUUACAACCAGGGACCAUCGAAAUCCCGGAUUUCACUUUCCGCCGAGCUGUGUUAGAAUAUUUCCCGGCAAAUUGUACCAAGUUACACUAUGUAGCCAGUAUCGAUUCUGCGGACAGCGAUGAAAACGUCGCCAAAUCACUCGUUCAUGUUUCUUCUACCUUUGUUGGCUGCUAGAUGCAAAAGUGAUUGAAAAUUAAUUAGCUGAUAUCGAUAAUAAUAAUCAUGGUUAUUACUUCGUGGAAAGCGAUGUUCACAAUGUGAAAAGGGAAAAAAUAUCUCCGCUGAAAUGAACACAGCGCUGAGUAAUUUCUGGUUUACUGAAAUCUGCUUCUGAGACUAGUAAUAAUAAGAAAUCGGGAAAAAUUCGA